UCUUUGUCAGGGCUUUUCCUCUCAAACAAUCUCAGUACAUUGAAUUUCAUGCUUUUUCACUGUGCAUUGUACUAAUCAUAAAAGUUUGCACUGAAACGCUGGAGUCUUAAUACUGUCUGAUAAACAUGGAUCACUUGAAGUCGUGUUACGAGCUCUCUCUACCUGUGACAGAGAAAUGCAACCCCAUCAGCAGAGAUAUUGAUAGAGCUCACAGCAAACAGAUGGUGCAAAUACUGAAACAAUGCGACGCUGAGAUUUUUGAGAAAAAAAUAAAUCAUGAUCCGUUUGAUCAGAGACUGUAUAGUUCACCUGUCAUCCAAACGAUGGUGGAUGUUGCAAAGAGGGUUGAAAUGAUACUGAGGGAUCCAGAGGAGAGUUUGAUUGUUUUAAGUGGCUGUGGAACAUCAGGCCGUAUUGCAUUUAUUUUGGUGAAAUCCUUUAAUGAGAUGUUGAACGCCCAAAGACAGAAACAGAUCUGUUCAUACAUCAUAGCUGGAGGUGACAGGGCCCUGCUGACAUCACAGGAGGCUCCAGAGGACGACCCGGUGCUUGGAGCUCAAAUGCUGGACAAGGUUUGUGCAGGAAAGAAGCAUGUGCUGUUCAUUGGAAUAUCCUGUGGCAUGUCGGCACCAUUUGUUGCUGGGCAACUGGAUUUUUGUCUGAACCACUUAGACGUCUUCACCCCAGUGCUUCUGGGAUUCAAUCCAGUACAGAUGGCUAGGAGUGAGCUAAUGCAGGACUGUUCAUUUCACUUUAAAGAUGUUGCAGAGAGGAUGGCUGCAGAGCAGAGACAUAAAAAAGCAUUCGUGCUAAAUCCUGUAUUGGGGGCUGAGGCCAUCGGUGGAUCAUCCAGGAUGAAAGGAGGCAGUGCAACUAAAAUCAUUCUGGAAACUGUUCUUCUGGCCGGACAUGAAGCUGCAUUUAGAGACAAGAUCAUGACACCUGAAUGUAUGUCUGCCUGGAUCACAGCGCAUGAGAUGGUUUAUGAAACUACUUACUCACGUAGUGAUGAACUUGCUGCACUUAUUCAGAAAGCAGGAGAGAGCCUUCAGAUGAAAGCACAUGUGUACUAUCUUGGAUGGCAAACUCUUGGCAUUAUAGGAAUGACUGAUGCCAGUGAAUGUAUCCCAACAUAUUUACAGUGUCAUUUUAUUAUAUGA